UUGAGGGGGGGGGGGGAUCGUGGCAUGGCAUAGAUUUGUUUUCUUUUCAGCCAGAAAGAAAGUAGGUAGCGUCUGCCCUGUAAGGCACACUAACAUGUGUUUGCCUUGCGCCACUGCAAUCGUGUACAGGAUCCCCCUCACCUGUGGCCGAGUGUACGUGGGACAAUCGGGGCAGUGUGUAAACGUGGGCCUCAGGGAGCACCAAAAUGCACUGUUUGCGCCUUGCAUUUCGCAAUGCAUUGCCAUGACUGAGAGUGCACUGCAGAAUUCUGUCGGACCGAGAUUCUUUUUCGCCUCACAGACCAAUUGACGCAUGAAAUUUGCGAGGCCUAUAGAAUACAGAAAGCAGGACCAGGUUGCAUUAGUCAGCCUGCAAUAGUCUUCUUAGAAGAAAUUUCCUUUUUAGACCACGCAAAUCGUUGACAGCGGAGCAGCGCGAUGGUUUUUAUUUUUGUUAAUUCAUUAUUGUUUAUUAUCACCUGAUCUAACCACGAGUGCAUGUCAUAAAUUGUUCACUGCCUUCCAGGUGUAUGUGCAGUUCAACUGUUCAUGAACUCGUUCAUUCAAUAAACUUACCAGUUUAAAGUCCGCACUUGGGGUGUGUCUACGUCUCCCUACGCUUUCAGGACACUGUUCCUUAUUUACCAUGAAUAAGAGGCCUAUCACAUGGCUUUCUAUUAUUGUAUGGGUUUCAUGGUAUUCUUAUUAGUAUUGAAAUGCAGUCCACAUUUUUCUGUUAUUUUUUUACCUUACAAUAUGCUGAUAAGCCUUCGUUUGUAGUGAAAGUGGCACUGCCUUUGUUUUUGAUGAGUUGGCUUGGUAAGUCUAUCGACAGAAUAAUGAUAACGGGGGCCAGGCAGCCAUGAUGUAGGUGUGUAUUUGGGGGAAAAAAGCUGUACAAAUGUAAGAAGGUCUGUACGACAAUGCAAACUUAUUGUACCAGCUUUAUAUCUUCAAAAGUGGUUGAAAAGGCCAAAAUGUAGGCAGUUAACUGCAGUUGCACUCACUCCUGUGAAGCAGAAUGAUAGGCUGCUUUCACAAUUUGCGUAGCUGCAGGUGCAAACAUUGCUGAGGGUUAACUUUUGGUUACCACAAAACUACGUCUUUAAAAACUGGUUGUCAGUCGCUUUAACGCAAAAUGUGAAGGUCUGAAAAUAUCAUGUCGGUAUGCCUUUAAGCUGUUUUGUGCCACACGUAUGUAGAUCUGGCUUUCCUGCACUCUAAUGUCACAUCCCCUAAUUAUGCAUUGGGAAUUUGCAUGGGAGUAGAGUUGGUGCGCUUACAAGUGAUAGUGAAAGCUUGGAGAGGUAGUUACUAUGAAACAUAGUUACUGUGCUAAGGGUUAUGAAACACAAACAUGAAAUGCACAGAACAGACAAGACCUGAUGCACUUCGUGUUUGUGUUUAUUCUAGUAACGCUAAGGUGUUGUUGAGCACAUUUACAAUUAAAGAGCAUUGCGUCAUAAACCUCUUCCAGCAAAAAUGUUUUGCUUUGCACUCAGCUAAAAAUUCACUUCACUUGGCAAUAAAUUAUAUUCUGGUAGUAUUGGGUAGAUUUUUCAACUUGAAAACAUUGCCGCAUACAAUGCUCAUUUCCACAUCUCUGGCAAUUUUUGUCUUUUGCAGCGCAAGCACCUCCUGCAAAUAGGAGGGAAGUCACUGCGCGAGGUGGCAUCGUAUGCCAUGAAGGCUGUAAUGGCGCACCCCGUCCAAGUGCUUUACAGCCUUCAUAGCAGGAAGGGGAAGAGGGCAUUCAUCAAUUUGAAGUUAUGCCGGAUAGUCAGAGAUGUCAUCUGUGCGAAAGGGGGGGGGGGCGACCUGACACAAGCACAGGACUUCAUUAAGUGGUUGCCAGGGUCUGUGGACAGCGGUGGUGGCAGGAAGAGGCGUUUCACAGCAACGUUUGCAGCAGAGCAGCCCGAUGAUCCCUCCCUUCAGGGCAGGAAUCAUUGCCUGCCCACUGCUGCCCUCUCCCUGCCCCACCCUUGCCCUCAGGUCCCUGGCAAGUCCACCGUCGGCCCCUCCUGUCCGGCUGCUGCUGCCCCUGCUCCUUCCCCUGCUGCAGCCCCUGCCGCCCCUGCCCCUCCUCCUGCCCCUGGAGCUGAGCACCCCUACUGAUGCUGCAUCAGUUCA